AUGUUGGCAUUAGCUUCUGUGCAAAAGGACACUUCAAGGUGGAAAUAUAGCAAAACCCAGGUUCAAUUCCAUCGGAAAGUUAUAAAGUCAAGACUUGUAUACGGAAACUACAGUGUGUUUGAGGAGAAUGAUUUCAGGAAGAAGGCAGCUUCCUCAGUUACAAGGACUGUUGAACUUGAUGAAGUGGUUUCAGGCAUUUUAAAUGUUACUGUGUACACUUACAAGGAACUGCGAAUUGCCACUGAGAACUUCAGUGAAGAAAAUAAAAUUGGUCAGGGAGGCUUUGGCUCCGUGUACAAGGGAACACUUAAGAAUGGCACUUUGGCAGCUAUAAAGGUAUUGUCAGCAGAGUCUAGGCAAGGGUCCCGGGAAUUUUUGACAGAAAUCGAGGUGAUUGCGAACAUUGAGCAUGAUAACCUGGUUAAGCUAUAUGGUUGCUGUGCAGAAGGCAAUCAUAGGAUAUUGGUUUACGGCUAUCUCGAGAAUAAUAGCCUUGCACAAACACUUCUUGGUGGAGGCCACAGUAGUAUCCAGUUUAGUUGGUCUGCAAGGUGUAAAAUAUGCAUUGGUGUUGCAAGGGGGCUUGCUUUUCUCCAUGAGGAAGUUCAGCCCCAUAUUAUUCACAGAGACAUUAAAGCUAGCAAUAUUCUCCUUGAUAAAGACCUCUCACCAAAAAUUUCAGAUUUCGGUCUGGCAAAGUUUAUUGCACCCAACUUAACUCAUGUUAGCACUCGUGUUGCUGGAACAGCAGGUUACUUGGCACCUGAGUACGCCAUACGAGGUCAAGUGACAAGGAAAGCAGACGUCUACAGUUUUGGUGUUCUGACCUUGGAAAUUAUUUGCGGGAGGUGCAACACAAACAGACGAUUACCAUUAAAAGAACAAUAUCUUCUUCCAAUGGUAUGGGAGCACCAUGAGAGGGAGCAGCUGGUGGAGUUAGUAGACACAGCAUUGAAUGGAAUAUUCAAUGUUGAGGAGGCUUGCAGAUUCCUAAAGAUUGGUCUUCUCUGCACUCAAGACAUGCCCAAGCUCCGACCAUCCAUGUCUACUGUUGUUGAGAUGCUGACAGGUGAAAGAGAUGUGAAUGAGGAGAAGAUAUCCAAACCAGGACUGCUUUCUGAAUUCAUGGAUCAGACAGAAGGCCACAGAGAUAAGGCCAAUGCAAGACCUUCAUCUGAUACAGUAUCUGCCUCAGGGAGGUUUAUCAAUACAUCAUCUUCAUCAGAAAACAUAGCUACUUCAUUUGCUACUAUGACCUUCAAUUCUAUAUAUGACCGAAGCAAUUAG